AUGACGCGUGCAUCAAUAAAUGUGUUAGUCAAGACGUUGAUAGCACAGAAACUGCAAAAUCUACUUAAAACAACACUACUGAAAACAUUUUUGUUAGCUAUAAGGAUAUUGUUUGAAUUGGUUCUACAGCUAAACACUCGUGAUUGGAAUACUUCAUUAUGGGAGGUUAGACUGGAAGUAACGCUAAAGCGCAGGCUCAUUGACAAUGCCCACUAA